UGGAUGCUGAAACUGUAUGCUAUGUUUCUAUCUCUGGUCUUCCUGGCUGAGCUAGUCGCUGGCAUUUCAGGAUUUGUAUUUCGCCAUGAGAUCAAGGACACUUUCCUUAGGACAUACACUGAAGCCAUCCAGAAUUACAAUGGAAAUGAUGAGAAGAGCCGUGCAGUGGAUGAUGUACAACAGAGUCUGAGUUGCUGUGGUGUCCAGAACUACACCAACUGGAAUACUAGCCCUUAUUUUAAUGAACACGGCAUUCCUCCAAGUUGUUGUAUGAACUCGAGUGACUGUAAUUCUAUGGACCUGCGUAAUAUGACCAUUGCUCCUACUAAAAUAAACCAGAAGGGCUGUUAUGACCUGGUGACCAGUUUUAUGGAGACCAAUAUGGGAAUCAUAGCUGGAGUGGCUUUUGGAAUUGCAUUCUCACAGCUGAUUGGCAUGCUGUUGGCAUGUUGUCUGUCCCGAUUUAUUACUGCCAAUCAGUAUGAGAUGGUGUAAUAAGGAGUAUGAAAUACAGUACCUGUUUUCAAUCAGGAAGUAGAUAAUUCUUGGAAGACUUCUAAAGAAUGUUAGAGCACACAUACACAACUACACGUAUACACACAUAAAGACAACACUUUCUCAACUCUGUACCAUGCGUAGUGUACCAUUCCGUGAAGUACUGUCGUGCCACAAAAAGUAGCCUGAACCAUUGAGCAUCCAGUACUGUACACUCCAUCUCAACAGCUGUGCGUAUGAUGGCGCUGUAUGUUUGUUCUUGAUCAGACCGUAGUUGCAUUGUAAAGUUAACGGAGGUAAUUCAUUGACAGCGAUGAUUAGGCUGUGCAUGUAGUGAUUGGAGGGCAUCAUUAGCCUUUCACCAUGGUUAAUAAAUGUUGCACACAUCCAUAUUAAACCUGUAUAGAAAAAUAUAUAUUAUUUUGGUUUAUCAAGUUUUUAAUUUCUUGAUUUGUUUAUAGCUUUUACUAAGGUGUGUUAAUCUAUCUAAUCUCCCCUUUCCAACAGCUACCCAAAAGAAGAAAAAAUCAGUUAUAUAACAUGGGGAAAUACUUGAAAAUAAAUGUGCAAAAUCUGGUUGAGGGAAAUUAAUGUAUUGAUAUUCUGCUGCAUCUUUCAUUCUUGAUUAGUGUUGUAUGCAUAGUGUUUUCGCCAAUUGGCCUUUGUCUAGUGCAUUUUGCCUCAGAAUCUGAAUUUGUGUAAUACCGUUACUAAGCCGUGUUGUUUGUUUACUGUGAAGCUAGUAAUUUUGCUUCCUUUGAUUAGAUAAUUAUGAAUCAGAUUGUGCUGUAAUUCAACUUUUUACUUAUACCCUUCUUUCUGUUUCAUUCUCCUUUUGCAUUGAAGUUGUCACCAAUUCAUUGUCAAAUCAAUCAGACUUAAUAACAACAAAAGGAAUGUGUGGAAUAUUUUUCAGAAUGGGGAGCAAAAGUUUAAGACCUUUUUAAAAAAAAUAGGAUUUUUUUAAUAAGGCCUCUGUCUAGCAUGCCAACAAGAAUGCAUUGAUAUUGUAUUUGUGAUAUACAUAUUAAUAAA